GCAAGUAUUUUACAACAACCUUAUCCGAUCCUGUCCCGGGUGUAGUAGGUGACGCCUCGUCGAGAACUGAUCCAUGCCGCCUUUCCUUUGUAUGUGACUUCCCUCCAGUCAUCUUUGGUUGUUCUCCUCUUCUGGCUCCCAUUGACAUCACUGAAAAAGUACUCAGUUGACCUUCCGAAGUGAGCAACCCGACUGACUUGAACUUUGAUGAACUGGUCACUGACAGAAGACAUCUGCCCAUAUUCCCCAACAGACGAGGCUGGAUUCUGCGCAUAGUAUGACGCUCCUGAUGGAUCGGCCACACCAUGCGUUCCACUUGUAUAUUCGCCCUGCCCUGUAGCAGCUUGAUAUCCUUGCUGCACAUCUGGAUAUCCCCCAUAGCCAGCUUGACUGUAUCCGAUCUGCUGAUACCCACUUUGAGGGAGAGGUUGACUCGGAACAAUAGGCGCACGGCGAAGCGGAGGAUAGGCUUUGACGGUUUCCACAAAUCUCGUGAGCGCUCCAGCCUCAUAAGAGUCCGCAUCCAAGGGAGAGGUCAAUUAUUCCUGGCACUUCAUUCUUGCACUGGGGAAAUUUCAUGAGAAUUUGAAAAUUUUGUCGGCAAUCUGUUCAUGGUGUUGGUGAUUCGAGAUCCUUAU